CAUAUACAGAGCACAGCGUGUAUGAUUGAUAACAAAUGUCAGUUGUGUUUUAACGUUUCAAACUGACCAACGUGUUGUUUACACUCUCUCCCUAUAGUAUGUCUGUCCUCACAUAAGGUAAGACCAGCUCAGUCUGGAGCUUGAGAAAGUUCUAGAAGCCAAACAUUGAAAAGAAACUGACCCCACGUUUAGUCAGCAUUAGCAUGAAGCUCCAUGUUGUUCAUCUCCAAAAACACACCGAAAAAUCUAAAUAAGAUAAAUACUAACAAUAAUCCAUUACUCUGAAAUGUUAGGAUGCAGACUGAUGCGGACCGAUGUGGACUCGUGGUCGCUCAGUGGUCCAGCAGAGAGGAGAAGAAUGCACCUUGAAGGAUUAGUUGAUGAAUGAGUAGAAAAGUAGCUCCAUUCAUCUCCCUCCUCUUGUUUGGAGCCCACCCUGCCCCCCAGCGCCCACUGACAAUGCCAGACCCCCCCACCUCCAACACACACACAUUAACAACCCUACACCCCCACCCUGAGGAGCCUGGGCCAUGGGCGGGGGUGGCCGUGGGUGGUUCCCCCCAACUAUUUAAGCAGAUUCCAGCAGAUGGUCGAGGAACUUUGCUCCUGGAGAAGCGACGUGCACGCUUCUGCUUCUCCACUCUGGUAGCCGAUCCCCAGGACUGAGACACACCUGACACCCCCCACGGAGACUAGGGGAGAUAAAGUCCUGCAAGUCACUUUUGGAAGCAGAACCUUCCAGCGUGGACGCGGAUACAAACAUGCCCUCAGACUUCCUCACUCCUUUCCUGGAAGUGGACCAGGAGUUUGUCAAGAGCUUUGGGGUGGUGGACAUGAUGGAUGCAGCCGCCAGCUUCCAGCAACAUCAACAGCAGCGAGCACGCGGCUUCCAGCGGCGUCAUUCCCUGUGCCCCGUGACGCUCCCCAACUCCAAGUUCAACGACAGUGACGGCGAGUCAUCGUGCUGGGUCUGGGGCCAGGCCGGUGCCCCGCAGUGGAAGCGGGAGAGUCAGCUCCCUCGUUCAGUGCUCAGCCACAUCCCUUUUAGGAUGGACCGCUCGGUCAGCAUGAUAGAGGGCAGUGUCGCUGAGGUGCCACCACCCCCGCCCCCGCCGGGCCUUCACCUGAGCACCACCCCCCGGUCACCCCCCCCGCCGUCGCCGCACAUGUCCACACGCUACAAGACGGAGCUGUGCCGCACCUUCGAGGAGAGCGGCACGUGCAAGUAUGGCGCCAAGUGUCAGUUUGCACACGGUGAGGACGAGCUGCGAGGCCUGAGCCGCCAUCCAAAAUACAAGACGGAGCCGUGCCGCACCUUCCACACCAUUGGGUUCUGCCCUUAUGGCGCCCGCUGCCACUUCAUCCACAAUGCCGAUGAGCUGCUGCAAGCCCCUGCCCCUCAGAGGAGCAAGCUGAGACCGCCGCCCCUCCGCCACAGCCUCAGCUUUGCCGGCUUCUCCUCGUCGCCUCCUCGCGCCUUCCGGCCUGUCGACGACUCACAACCUUCCUCACUCCUCUUCGCCCGCGCCUCCUCUGUGUCACCCUCACCGUGCUCCUCUGACAGCCCGGAGCUCCUGUCUCCUCUCUUCCCGGAGGUUGGAGGGCUUCGCCCAUGCCUGCGCCCCGGCGACUCAGCUCUCGGCUUGUUUGCCUCUGCCGAAGGCCCCGCGCUCACCUACAACACCCCUGCCAAGGCAUCCCUGCUUGGCCUCCAGCGCUGCUCCUCAGCCGACUCCCUCUCUGAGGAGGGCUACACUUCCUCCUGCUCCCUGAGCUCCGCCUCCAGCGGCACCGAGUCGCCAGGCUGCGAGGGGCGCCGCCUUCCCAUCUUCAGCCGCCUCUCCAUCUCUGAUGAGUAGGGGUCUGAAUGGUCUACCUUUGGUUCACAUGAGUUCUGUGUGAUGGCGCCGCGUAAACGGACCUAAUUUUGUGCAUAUUGCAUCAUGUCCCAGCAGCUGUAGCGCUGCUCACUGUUUGUCUGUGUUGUCGUUUCACGCUUACUGCUGUAUACUGUUGUAUACUCACGUGGGGGGGGCAGGGCGGUCCCGCCCACUGGGGGUUCUGUAGAACUUCCUGCUCUCUGCUUUAAAGACAUAAAGAGUUGCUUUUUAGCUAGCGCACACCUAGUAGACUUUUAGCCAGUCAUGCAAACAUUAGCCUAGCCCCUUUUCGACACAUAUUUAUUUGCUUUUGUGCAUUUUGAUCAUGACGCCUUACAAUUAGCAUGAGUGCUAGCUGGAGAGGAGACGAUUACUUUUGGCAUUCCAUGUCUGUGUUGCCUUACUGCGUGAAUCACGACUCGUUGACUCAUUGGCAGCGGAAGUACUUCCUGUACUUCCCGUUGUCAUCAACAAGUCCACUCUCCUCUCCGACGACGCAGCUAGCAUACUAGCAUGACUUGCUAAUGAUAUGAUGAUGAUAAUAAUGUGUUGCUCGCUAGUUGC